AUGACUUGCUCAAUAAUUGCAGCUUGCCUUCUGUUCUGGGGAGCUGUUAACAGCAACAAGUCCUCCUAUGUUUGCUAUUUCACAAGUGCUGCUGCUCUUACAUUAAUUGCUCUGCAUUCCACUUCAAUAGCAUUCCAAACAGCGAUUAAGGUUGCCAUGCCCGAUCAGCAAUUUGUCAAAACUUUGGGAACCCUUGUCGGAACCGUUUUUAAUGUUAUUACCCUUUUGUUUCUUUCCCAACUGGUGAAAAUGCUUUCCCUACCUGAAGCCGGCAGAUUCUUCAUUUCUCAUCUCUGUAAGCUCAGGUGCAAUUUAAGAACAAACAAUGAAGGACCACCUUGCUCUCAAGCAAUGCUAUGUUGA